UCUAGGCAUAACAACUAAUAUGUGCCAAAUUCUAACAACGAUUCUAAUUUGAGACUGAUUCUAUAAAUUGAAAUGAAAUUUCGCCUUCUAUUUUCAUAUUGUAUCUAAGAUGUAGCUAUUUGUUUCAAGUAUUUAUCACGUAUCACAUAAUACACAUACGAGUAAUGUGUAUUUCUCACGACCCGCUCAGUUAUUAAUUGUUAUGUGUUUUAAUAAAUCUAUGUUUACUUGAUACAUAUGGAUUUUUAUAGUACUUUUUCCUUAAAUCUGACCUUGAGAAUGUAGUAAAGAAGUCACAGCCGUAACGCGCAUGCGUACGACCCGAAUCAAAGAACCACAAAUCAAUAAAAUCUCAAGCACACAGCACACAGGCUUCGACAACAGUCCGAUCAUAACAAAAUACAUCGUUAAAAUGUUACCGAUUCUUUUGUUAGUUUUCGCUUUCGCUGGAAUUAAUUGUGAACCAGAAACAGUGAGGGAUAACUUUGACUACUUCAAUUAUGGAGCCAACGAAGACAUACUUAAGAAUUUGGACUUACAUCUGCCGAAGGAUGAAGUAGUACUAAGACCCCAGGAAGUGAAAGAUUGGCCCCAACAAUCUCUGAAUGUUGGGCAAAUAACAGCCGUGUCAAUUAAUUCAUUGGGCCAACCUGUGAUCUUCCACAGAGCAGAACGAGUGUGGGAUGAAAACACGUUCAAUGAAUCCAAUGUAUACCAAAACCUUGACAAAGGCCCUAUAAUUGAAGACACGAUUCUUGUCCUCGAUUCUCAUACCGGCUCAGUUCUUCAUAGUUGGGGAGCCUACGCAUUCUACAUGCCUCAUGGUCUCACUGUAGACCACCACGACAACGUAUGGGUGACAGACGUGGCUAAACACCAGGUCUUCAAGUACACUCCAAAUAAUCACAAGUACCCAAGCCUGACAAUAGGAGAAGCAUUCACAGCUGGAUAUCCUUACCGUCGUCGUGUGUUACUUUGCAUGCCGACAUCAGUUGCAAUCGCAAGCACCGGCGAAAUAUUCGUCGCUGAUGGAUAUUGUAACAACCAAAUACUAAAAUUCAACGCGGCUGGGACCUUGCUGCUAGCAAUACCGUCGUAUUCAGAUACAUUAACCCUGAACUUACCACACAGUGUAACUUUAUUGGAGCAUUUGGAUAUCGUGUGUGUUGCUGAUAGAGAGAACAUGAGAAUUGUUUGCCCGAAAGCAGGAUUGAAGAGUUAUGUUGACGUACUGGAACCGGCGACUAUCAUUGAGGAUCCUACAUUGGGAAGAGUGUUUGCUGUAACAUCUCACGGUGAUACGAUCUAUGCUGUUAAUGGACCUACAUCCCCUAACAUUGCUGUGAGAGGUUUUACAGUGAAUGCUGUUAAUGGCAAUAUUUUGGAUACCUGGGAACCAACUACUGGCUUUACAAACCCCCACUCACUGGCCGUGACGCGGAACGGCUCGCAUCUCUACGUCACAGAAAUCGGACCGAACAAGAUCUGGAAAUUCGAACUGACCGACGUAUAUGAUAAAAAGUAAAAAAAAAUAGUGAAAUAAACAGUUUUAAGUAUUUUCCACACUAAUAGAGAAUUGCUUGCCUAAUGCGAAUCAAAUUCGCUACGAUGACAACGAUCGGUCGUUUGACGUUCAAUUUGGAUUCAAUAAUAGUAUUAGAUUAUAUGUAGCAAAUGUUUCAUAACAAUAUAUUAAUCUCUCCAAAUGGCUUGCAUAGCGCGUGGCGCGGGAUGUAGGCGUCAUAAUCACAUAUAUCUUGCUAUAACUUUAAUAUAAAUGCACAUAGGAUUUAUACGAUCAAUGACCAGGAAUGUCUUUUCAAGAUGUUUCAACUUUGAAACUAACUUCAGUUGGGUUACGUUAGUAAGCUAAAGAACUACCUAGUUCUAACUACAAAACUAAAUUAUUAGCUAACUAAUUAGGUCAAAUCCAAGCCAAGGCUAUUCCUACAAUUUUGAUCUUAUAGUAAAAUACGUAAGAACAUUCCGGCCAGGGUCUUACAAACACGUUAUUUGAAAUGGAUUGAGCAGGUUUAAAAAUCACGCACAGACGAAA